UGCUCUCUUUUUCUCAAACACACGCGCUCACACACAGUGGUGACCCAAUCUAACUGUGAGCUUUUCUUUCUACCCACACAGAUCAAUGUACUACAGUCUAAGAGAAGAUCGGAAAUCCUAAAAUCGGUAAAUAUCAUUUUCCAAGGACUUCUAUGAAAAUAACCAUAUGACCCUAACUAUGUUGUUCCUAUGUCUCUUGCCUCGUAUACGACAUCUCUGAUUGGUACGUUCCUCUCUGUAGAUGCUGUCCUUUAUGUACGCCCACCUGACCUUCUUCCACCAGGGUUACGACCUCUUCAGUGAACUACAACCUCUCAUGAAACAGCUGGGGGGACAG